GCUGUCUUCCUAUCUCUUCUUAGCGUUUGGAAGACUGCGAGUUGUCAUGACUCUGUCCUCCUCCAAUUAGCAAGCAACAAUCAUUAAUUCAUUCAUCCAUCCAUCCUCGCCGCGGACAAUCUACUCAAUCGAUCUUAAGGAGGCUGACGACCGGAGACGAUAACUCGCAGAUCUCUUCCUCCUAAUUCGCUCCUCACCAGAGACCAGAGAUUGAAGAUCAGCCAUGUUGGCUAGGAGAAUUCUCGGUUCCUGGACUCCCUUGCUUUCCAGGGGAAUGAAAUGCCGCUCCUUCGCCUCGCGCCCGGCUUCCUCUUUUCAGCAGCAAUGCUUCGACACGGCCAGGAGCGAUGAAGAGAGAACUGACAUCGACUGGGAUGCGCUCGGCUUCGGACUCGUACAAACUGAUUUUAUGUACGUAAUGAGAUGCACUCUGGAUCGAGAAUUCUCGACUGGAGCUCUUAACAAGUAUGGAAACAUCGAGCUAAGUCCGUCGUCGGGAGUUAUUAAUUACGGCCAGGGUCUGUUCGAAGGUAUGAAAGCGUACAGGAAGGAGGAGAAAGGCAAUGGCCUUCUGCUCUUCAGGCCAGAAGAGAAUGCCAUUCGCAUGCAGGUUGGGGCAGAGAGGAUGUGCAUGCCGUCCCCGUCCGUCGACCAAUUCAUUCAUGCCGUCAAACAGACAGUGCUGGCUAACAAAAGAUGGGUGCCUCCUCGAGGGAAAGGGGCUCUCUAUAUCAGGCCAUUGCUGAUUGGGAGUGGACCAGUUCUUGGUCUGGCUCCAGCACCAGAAUACAUGUUCGUAGUCUAUGCUUCGCCCGUGGGAACUUACUUUAAGGAGGGUUGGGCUCCGAUUCAUCUUGUUGUAGAGGAAAAAGUUCAUCGUGCCACUCCUGGUGGAACAGGGGGUGUGAAGACGAUCUCCAAUUAUGCCCCGGUCUUGAAGGCACAGAAACAAGCAAAGAGCCAAGGAUUCACCGAUGUUAUAUAUCUUGACUCUGUUGAGAACAAGUAUUUGGAGGAGGCAUCCUCAUGCAAUUUAUUUAUCGUAAAGGGAAAUGUGAUCUCGACGCCAGUGACAACGGGAACCAUUUUACCAGGGAUCACACGCAAAAGCAUCAUGGAGAUCGCGCGAGAUUAUGGCUAUCAGGUCGAGGAGAGGCUCGUUGCAGUAGAGGAACUGUGCGAUGCCGAUGAAGUAUUUUGCACAGGAACUGCUGUCGUUGUUGCUCCCGUAGGCAGCAUCACUUAUCGAGGUCAAAGGCUUCAGUUCCAAACGGGGGACACGAGUGUGAGCCGAAAGCUGCACAAAAUCCUCGUAGACAUUCAGAUGGGCCUCGCAAAGGACGAGAGAAAUUGGACAGUGGAAAUCUGAUCGAGGCCAUAAUUUUUUUUAUAUAUGCAGUUAUUUUUCAAUACAUGAAUGCUGAAAAUAGGCGCGGAUAGUGUAUUGGAAUGUGUUUUGAUUGAUGAAAUGAAAACCUAUAAACCCUUAAUGUGGAA